AUCUUCAUACAGCUGAACACACGACUCUGUAGCUGCCAGUAUCGUCAACUACACAGUACUAUCCUCCUUACAUCUCGGAAGAACAAUGCAUCUGUUGACCAUGAUGAACGACCAAGUAUCGGACUCAGCGCCGCCACUAACCAUCUACCGAUCCGGCCAGGCCACCUUUCACGCGUUCACCAGUUAAGGUCAAACCUCCACCAGGGUUCCGGAAACAGCUCAUCGCAGUCGCUUCACGUUGGGCUCCCCCUCCAACCGCACUCCUUCCAGAGCCAAACGAAGUCGAACAGUCGACUCACUUUGGACCCAAUACCUAGCCGCACCACCGGCCGCACCACCAGCAGCAGCGCCGAUCGCUCCAACAGCAUCACCGGUCGCUGCAACAGCAUCACCGAUCGCUCCAACAGCAGCACCGGCCGCUCCUCCACCUGCACCGGCCACUCCUUCACCUGCACCGGCUGCACGCUGAUGCUGAGCCGCACCACCAGCCGCACCACAAACCUGAACUCCAGCUGCCCUUCCAGCAGUAGGAGCCCGGAGAAGUGCCAGGCUGGUAGGGAAACCUCAGCGUAGCCAUGUAACUUCUUUCCCGCAAAUUACCGACACUGAAAGCGAUAGUGAGGAUGAGGAUGAGGAUGAUGGUGUUGAGUAUGAUUUCUUUGGCGAGCAGACGAGUUUUAGUUAGAUUUGUACAUAUCGAUUCUGUGGACAGCCUGAGAAUUCUCUCCUAGCACAUAGGCGCGUUUUGAUAUUGAGCUAGUCCCUAAGCGCCCUGGUCUACGCUAGUGCGCGCUUUGCACCUAUAAUACUGCCAUUUAUACCCA